UCCGGGGCAGCGCUCAGCUACCAGCAGCGGCACGGCCUCGGGCUCGGCCCCAGCCCCGGCGGGACCCUGCCCCCGCCCCGCGGCUCCGCUCCUGUGACGGCGGAGGGGCAGCGGGUGGAGAAAAGCCCUGCGCCCUGGCGGGAAGCAGCUCCGGCUCGGCGGCGCGGUUCCAUCCGGGCACUGGGGUGCGGCCCCAUCCGGGUCCCGGCGAUGCUGUCAGGGCGCCGGUGGGGCGGGGCCGGGCUGUGGGAGACGCGGAGCCUCCGCCGGCAGGAGUGGGACUUGCCUUCCGAACCGGGAGCCGCUACCGCCUGCCAUCCUGACUGCACUCCUCUCCCCUCCCUAUCGCCCGCCGCCGCAGCUCGCUGGGGCUGUGUCACUGCCGGCCGUCGGACACCGCGCUGGCCCAGGCAGGCUCUGCCCCGCCGGCCCCUCCCAGGCCACGGCCUCACAGACCUCUUGGAAGUGUAAACAAUGGAGGACAAGGAAAGCAGAGUGCAACUCCUGAAUGAAAAGCAGGUGCCGAGCUCUGAGAGUGGUUAUGUGUGGCAUGUCACCGAUAUGAACCGACUGCAACGUUUCUUGUGUUUUGGUUCUGAAGGUGGUACUUAUCACAUCAAGGAGCAGAAGCUGGGCUUUGGAAAUGCAGAAGCUCUAAUAAGACUGAUUGAAGAGGGUAGAGGUUGUGAAGUUGUUCAAGAAAUAAAGACCUUUAGUCAAGAAGGCAGAGCAGCAAAGCAGGAGCCUCUGCUUUUUGCUCUUGCAAUUUGCUCACAGUGUGCUGACGCAAAAACGAAACAAGCGGCAUUUAAAGCUGUUCCUGAGGUGUGUUGCAUACCAACCCAUCUCUUUACUUUCAUCCAAUUUAAAAAAGAUCUGAAGGAGGGCAUGAAAUGUGGCAUAUGGGGCCGUGCACUGAGGAAAGCUGUUGCAGAUUGGUACAAUGGAAAGAGUGGCAUGGCAGUUGCUUUAGCAGUUACAAAAUAUAAACAAAGAAGUGGUUGGUCUCAUAAAGAUCUUCUGAGAUUGUCCCACCUAAAACCUGGCAGUGAAGGAAUUGCUAUAGUCACUAAAUAUAUUACCAAAGGGUGGAAAGAUGUCCAAGAGGCUUAUAAAGACAAAGAAGUUUCUACUGAGACUGAAAAACUCCUAAAGUAUCUGGAAGCUGUGGAGAAAAUAAAACGCACAAAAGAUGAAUUGGAAGUUACUCAUUUAAUAGAGGAAUAUGGUCUAGUUAGAGAGCAUCUCCUGACAAACCAUCUGAAGUCUAAAGAGGUUUGGAAGGCUUUGCUGAAGGAUAUGUCAAUUUCCGUAUUGCUGAGACAUUUAGGCAAGCUAACAGCAAAUUCAGUGCUUGAACCACGAGGUUCAGAAGUGGCAAUAGUAUGCGAACGACUGAGAAAUGAGAAAUUGCUAAAAAAGGGUAGAAUACAUCCACUCCAUAUUUUGGUUGCGUUAGAAACCUACAAAGUUGGACAUGGAAGCAGAGGGAAGCUUUGGUGGCGUCCUGAUGAAGACAUAUUAGAAGCUUUAGAUGCCUCGUUUUACAAAACUUUCAAGAUGGUUGAACCAACAGGAAAACGCUUCCUGCUUGCAGUUGAUGUCAGUGCAUCAAUGACACAAAAAGUUAUGGGCAGUGUGGUCACUGCUAGCACAGUUGCAGCAGUGAUGUGUAUGGUUGUAGCACGUACUGAGAAGGAUUCCCAUAUUGUUGCCUUUUCACAUGAAGUAAUCCCUUGCCCAGUGACGGCUGAUAUGACGUUACCUCAAGUAUUAGUGAAAAUGUAUGAAAUUCCAAUGGGUACCACCGAUUGUUCCCUUCCAAUGAUAUGGGCUUUAAAAACUCAGACGGCUGCUGAUGUCUUCAUUGUAUUUACAGAUAACGAGACCUUUGCUGGAAAUAGUCAUCCUGCAACAGCUCUCAGAGAAUACAGAGAGAAAAUGGGAAUUCCUGCUAAGCUGAUUGUUUGUGGAAUGACCUCAAAUGGCUUUACAAUCGCAGAUCCAAAUGACAGAGGCAUGUUGGAUAUAUGUGGCUUUGAUACAGGAGCUUUGGAUGUUAUUCGAAACUUCGCUUUGGAUUGGAUUUAAUUUUCUGGAUAUCUGCUCUUCCCAGUGGGUCCAUUGCUGAUGACAGACUUCACCCUGGGAACUCCCAGCCAAAUAUACUUUACUAGAGGAUGGCACAUUAUAUACGGAUCAAAAUGUUACCAUUUUGUGAAGGGAAAACAAAAAAAGCAGAUGAAAAAUCUCUUCUCUCCUUUUUCCACUUGCACACAAUUUCAAAUAACAGUGGGAAGUUUGCUAAAAGUAGCUACAGGGUUACAUAAUACAUAAUUUAAUUUUAUGUAUAAUAGAGUAUAAAUACUGAGAGAUUUUUAAUUCUCCCCCACCCCGUUGCUAUGGAAUGCUUGUCUGAAAAAAUAGAUCGAUGAAUUACUCUUAAGAUGGGGCAGGAAAAAAAAGCGGUCUUAGUAUUUUUAACAAUGUCAAUUUAACAGCAACUUGGUUGACAGUGAUUUCUCUUUGGCCUUUUCUUAAUCUUUGUAUUUUAAACAAAUUACUAAGGUUCAACAGUUUCCAUUGUUACACUUCAAACCUGCAAAAGAUGUAUUUUCUGGCACAUAUGAGACCGUGUGACUGUGACGCAGCGUAAAAGUUACCCAGUGAAAUUUUAUACUGGUAAAACUGAAAGUGGAAGAGCUGAGAUGCUGAUAUUUUUCAAUCUAGAUUAUCAUCUGGAUUUUUUAUGACUAAAGUGUAAUUCUCUUUAGGUAAGUUGAGUGGCAGUUCCUGUAUGGUGCUGUUUCAGAAGCUUACACUUUACAGGAAGUUCUAAAAGCUGGUUUUAGUGGAAAAAAGGCCUUGGAAAUAGCUGGGAAGCCUCAUUCAGUCGGUGUUACAUCUUCAGGAAGCAUCUGCACACUUUCAGUGAGGAAGAUCAACAAGUGCCUGUGUCUUGAAAGCUGUGUGGUAACAACCAGAAACAAAGAGAUACAUUUUAUUCAAAAGAAGGUGUUCAAUGUUACAGAAACAAUCUUCCAAACAGGAGAGUAUUUCAUUUAAAAAAAUCUUUUUGUAGAUUAACGUUACUUUUGAUUUCAUAAGUUAAUUCAAGCUAGCAUUUUUCAAAACUACCUCCAGUUUAUAGUGACCAACUCUUACAAACUUCUACAAAAUGUACAGUUGCCUCCUUCAUGUUCUGGAAGUCUUGUUUAGGAAGUGAUUGAAACUGCAUUCUUUUUUUUUUUUUCAGUCUGAUAGACUUUAAGCAAAUAAGGAGAAAGCUGGUGAAUAUCUUAUCACUUUGGAACAGGAAUUGAUAGUAAUUCUUGUGCUUAUGUAUUUAAUUGUGUGUGUAUCGUUUUUAUGUCUCUGUGUGCGUGUGUAUAGGGGGGAAGUUAAAAGAUCUCUUUAGUAGAUCACAAUCAUAGAGGAUGAGAGAGGUUUUUUUUGGUGAUGCUUUUACAACUUCACCUAAGUCAUAUGUAUGUCAGCCUCUUUUAUGCUAAUUCUGGCUGUUUUAAACAGUGAAUUUGAUGUUAAUUUGAAGGCAAUUACAAUUUAUACAAAUAACCCAUUUAUGGUAAUAGACAUAUUGGGACCAUAUUUUUCUGCUGAAAAUCCAAGCUUUUAAAUGUAAAAUUCAAGUUGGUGUUAUACUUUUGAUACUUGUAACACUACUCAUUAUGCCUCAUACAUAUUGAUCAUAAAUUCAAAGCUCACAUUCUGUAGGAUAGAUAUCUCUUUUGGUGCUAACGUGAAGCUACAUGUUCCUAAAGGUGUUCUGCUACCUGCUUAUACUCUACCUUCAUGAGUGAAUCGAAACAGGGAGUGAAGCUUUUCUGACACUAAAACCAGAGCUUAAAGGAAUGUUACUUUUCAGUGGACGUGAAUGUAGUUACUUCUGAGUUAUCACUGCUCUUAUGAUACAGCUCUAGUUGAAUGCUCGAAGAAUACAGGACUGCCACCAGCUUGUCAGGUGACAUCUAGAAGAAAACAACAAGUGUUCCUACAAAAGCUGAGAUGUAGCACUUUGGUUUUUGAAACAGAGAAUGAGCCGUUUCUUAUAACUUCUUACCUCUUUCAGUCUCCUUUCUGAAUAAACACCAUUAGUAUCAGGAGUGAACUCAUUUGCUCAAUACAUGUUAAGAAUUAUUUCAGGUAAAUGCACUGAUGUUUUGGGGUUGAUUUUGGUAGUGAUGUGUUUGAAAUGACAUGAUAGAUAAACAUCUGAUUAGGUGUUUCCUUCUAAGCUAGGGAUGUUGAAAAUAACGGAUAGAUGAGUAUCUUCUGCAAGUACUUUUUCUUAUUUGGAGUAGUAUUUGUGAAGUAAUUGGAAAUAUUUUGGACUAAAUAUAAAAUGAAAACUUAAGUAUUUCAGUUAACUUUGUGAAAUUAAUUCCAUAAAUAUACUGCAAGUAAAAUAUUAGACUAGUUACUAACAGAUUGAAUGGUUAUGGUAGUGUUGCAUCUUUGAAAGCAGUCCAGUUUAAAAUACAGUUCCUUAAACUAGAGUGUAAGUGAAGGUGAAGUUUUUCAGUAGAAUUUAUAGGAAAUGUAGCUCCCUGUAUCUAUUGACACUGGAUAGCUAGGCACUGUGUUAAAGCUAGUUGUCCAUGCUGGAGUACAUAAUAUGCUCCUAAACAUUUACCUUAUCUCUCUACUAAAAAAGUCUAGUUAGAAUAUUACAAGUGAUUUGGUUAUCUGAUGUAAAACUAGCAAUAAUGAGAUCGUGUUGUCAUCUGCUCCUCCUUUGAAGAUUUUCCACAGAGAGCGGAACCUGAAGUAAAUGCUGACAGCUGAAACUUUAUAAUGUGGUGACCCUUGUUACUGCUGUUUUCUGUCUGGUUUUAUUGCUCUCUUACUGAAAUAGGGGACAUAGAAGAAUGAUGCUGCCUGUUCCAUUUCUGUAAAGUGGAUCUUAUCUGCUCAUAUACUGAAUUUUAGGGGACAAUGUGACUCAUUUGCCAUAACAUAAAUUUGUCCUGAUUAUAGUCUGUAGUUAGUUAACUGAUAACUUCAAAAUAGUAUCUAGUCAUGUAAAGAGGCAAUAAUUAAAGUAAUUUAUUAAAACAAAAAAACCCAAACAAAAAAAGAAGUGAGCCAAAAGAAAGGUGUUAAGCAAAAGCAUUAGUUCAGUAUACAGUAAAUAAUUUACCCUUUCACCCAAGAGGAAACACGGACUCUUUCAAGUUAAUAGUGUUGUUUGCAUUGGAGGAACACUUUGACUAAAAGAACAAAAAUGGGGCUGUUCAUUGUGCCCAGUAGUUUACCAUAAAAACUGAACAGGGACAAGUUCAGAGGAUUUUUGUUUGUUCAAAGGAUUAAUGAAAAAAAAAAAAGUCUAAAUACAGAGUGCAACAGUAGAUCAGGUGAAUGCAGGUUUCCUGAUACCUGACAGAAUUAACAGCAUUCCAGUUGGACUGCCAUUGCACUGUGACCUCUUAAAUUCUGAAGUGUUAGCCUCAUGUCUAAGACUAUGAUGUUCAGGCACUUGAGCUUUACGGAAGAAGGAUGUAAUGGUGGGAGGCACAGGAGAGGUGAAAUAUUCUUCUGUAAUGAAGGGUUAUAAUGAGCAAACAUCAAAGGUGUUUCCCUUUGUGAAAGGGAUACUGGUAAGAAUAUGGAGAGGGCAGAAAGCCCUCAAAGUUUCUUAAACAUCAUGCAAUGCAUCGUGUGAUAAAUUGAACAGAGAAUAAAAUUUUAGCAAGAAGUAGGUCAUGUCAGGAGUUUUAGACCUGUAGCAAGGAGGAGGAGAGUUUAGGAUGUUUGUAGAAUUAGAUUUCAGGCAAAAUAUGGGGUUUUCACCUACAAUGCUAUGUAUUAAAAAUGUUUAAAAGGAGGUAUAGAUCUGAAGUCACCAGGGCCAAGUCUAAGUGCCCACUGUGUGAGGGCCACUCAUAACUGGCCCUAAAAUCCCUUGCUGCUUAGAACCACUAUUAAACCUCUUUGUUAAACAUGAA